AUGCAAAAUUCUACCCUAACCCGAUCAGCCGAUACAGCGGAAGUCCAUAAUGUCCCAUUGGCUUCUCUAAACACCAGUACCAUUGCGCUUAAUAUGCUCAGUCUGAAGAAUAUGGAGACUCAGAUUCGGAUUUCAGGUUUGUCUCAGAAAGACCAAAGUCAGGUCACCACGGCUACUAUUGACGAACGUGUUGACGUGGCUUGGCCGCUUACCUGCGAAUGGACUCGCUCGGAGCUAUUGAUGGAGCCCAAUCUGAGUGAGAAGGCCAGAGAGGGUGUGAGAUCAACGCUUGGUACGGGGACAUCUUCAACUGUCGAGGCUUCCACGCACGAUCGUCCUCCGGCGUCGGUAGUCAAGGUUGACGAGGAUGGCGACGACUUGGUGCAGCAAAAGGGACGAUUUGCAUUCCAAAAUGGCGAUUUCGUGCGUCUGGUGGAGAACAGCAAACUUUCUGACAGAGAGAGGCAGAUAGUGGCUGUUCGGGAGGCACGUGGAGGAGGCCAAGCCAGCGGAGCAGUGUACAAUGACCAGAUUGAUGGUCAGCCCAGCCUCGUGAGACAGAACCGACAGCAGUCGCCCACGGGUCUGGAGGGCAUUAAAGAGGCCAGAGACGGCUACUGCUUAGUCGCCAGGCCUAUGGCGAAUAGGAGGAUUUCAGAGGAUAAGGCUACGCCGUCUGUAGGUCCAUUCACGGAGUUCAAGGCCGCGCCGGUGAAGAUCCCCCGUCCCAUCACAGGUAAGCACCUUGAACUGGUUCGUUUGGCAUGCCAAGUGUAA